CUUUUAACUUCGCUGCGUGUGAUCGCCUCAUUCGAAUGUAACAAAACCCUAAAGGGUUCUUGUAAGAACCGAUCGCCGCCGGAUUGAUCUGGGCCGUCAGUUCUCUCUUCUCCCCUCCUCCCACCCCACCCCCCGUCUUCACUCUUCUUAAAGAAUCCAAGCUCGUAUUUAUUUUCUUUCGGCUCUUCUUCCCUUCGCUUUGGCAGCAACACUCUUGCUUCCUGCAAUUAUCGUUAUCGGCUCUUCUUGUUGCCGUUACAUGGGAACUUGUUGCUGGGAAUUUGCUGUCGAGCGAAUUCCCCUGACCCAAUUCACGAGGACAUAGUGUCUUCUGUGUAUGUUGUAUGUAGAUAGUGCUGAGAACCGUAGGUCGAGGAGUAACUGUUUAACAUUUCCUGGCUUUGGAGAUUAGGAGUUCGAUCAGCUUAAAGUAGGCGGUUUUUUUGGCGUGUACAUGGAAAUUAGUGUGAUGAUCGUCAGUUCGGUGGCGAGUUACGAAUUGGCUUGAGUUUUUGAGGAUUUCUUCUAGCGAUCGCCGUAGCAGACCGAUGUUGGGAAGCAGCGAAGGAUCGUUUGGAGAUGAGUUGGAGAAGGAGAUAGGGAUGCUGCUUCGGGAGCAGCGGCGGGCAGAGGCAGACGAUCGGGAGCGGGAGCUCAAUAUUUUCAGAAGCGGCUCUGCUCCUCCAACAGUUGAGGGUUCAUUAAGUGCAGUCGGGGGAUUGUUUGGAGGCGGAGCUGGUGGCAAUUCCGUGUUUCCAGACUUUUCUGGGGUUAAGAAUGAUAAUGGGUUCGCAUCCGAAGAGGAGUUACGGUCUGAUCCAGAAUACCAUUCUUACUAUUACUCUAAUGUGAAUCUGAACCCACGUCUUCCACCCCCGUUACUUUCCAAAGAGGACUGGAGGUUUGCUCAGAGGCUGAAGGGUAGCGGCUCGGCCUUAGGUGGCAUCGGAGAUAAACGAAAAGUGACUAGGCCUGAAAAUGGUGGAACUAGGUCUUUAUUUUCUAUGCCACCUGGGUUUAGUUCCAGAAAACAAGGGAUCGAAGCUGACUCAGAGACGGUGCAUGGCUCAGCUGAGUGGGGAGGCGAUGGUUUAAUUGGAUUGUCCGGAUUAGGCUUAGGGAAUAAGAAAAAGAGCCUUGCUGAAAUUUUUCAGGACGAUUUGGGACAGGCAACACCGAUCACAGGGCACCCCUCUCGUCCAGCAAGCCGUAAUGCAUUUGAUGAAAAUAUCGAGUUGGUUGCUUCUGCCGAAGCUGAGCUCACUCACUUGCGCAAUGAGUUGGCAUCUGCUGAUACUUCGAGAGCUGGUGCAAAUGGUGGCUCAUCUGCAGUGCAGAAUAUUGGUCAUCCUUCUUCAUAUUCAUAUGCUGCAGCUCUUGGUGCUUCUUUGUCUAGAAGCAGCACCCCUGAUCCACAGCUUGUCGCCAGGGCUCCUAGUCCAUGCCUCACUCCCAUUGGAUCAGGGAGAGCUGGUGGCGCUGAAAGAGCAGUUGGUGCUCCUCACUCUUUACAUAGCACCUCUUCCAACAAUAACAAGCCUGGGGACUUGGUGGGUGCUCUUUCUGAAAUGAAUCUGUCGAGAAAUGGUACAAUUGAUGAGCAGAACCGUUUGGCCCCAAAGAUGGAACAUGAUGCUGAUAUCCACCAGGACUAUCUCUUUGGCCUGCAAAGUGGUCAGAAUAUGUUUCUAAAGAAGUCAGAGUCUGGGCAUCUACAUGUUCCUUCUGGUCUUAGUUCAUCUGAUCCGGUGAAAAGCAAUGGGGGUGGACCUAAUAUUAGUGCAGCACUGUUAGCUGACAGACAUGUUGAACUUCAGAAGUCUCCUGCUGUUUCCAGAAGCCCCUACUUGAGAGCCUCACCGACCUCCCCUCUUAAUGGUGGGGGCAACUUUGCUUCCCAAUAUCAGCAUCUAGAUAGUCCAAAUUCUUCGUUCGCUAACUACGGCUUAAGUGGGUUCUCUUUAGAUCCAGCAUUAGCAUCAGUAAUGGGUGGUCAACUUGGAAUGGGCAAUCUGCCGCCUUUAUAUGAGAAUGCAGCUGCAGCCUCGGCCAUUGGAAUGCCUGGAACUGAAUCAAGGGUGCUGGGAGGAGGUUUGGCUACUGGAUCAAAUCUGACGGCUGCUGCCUCUGAACAAAAUUGUCUUGGUAGGAUGGCAAAUCAAAUGUCAGGUGGUGCUGUGCAGGCACCUUUUGUGGAUCCCAUGUAUCUUCAAUAUUUGAGGUCAUCUGAGUAUGCUACUCAGCUAGCUGCUCUUAAUGACCCUGUUGACAGGAACUACUUAGGAAGCUCUUACCUAAAUUUACAUGAUAUCCAGAAAGCUUAUCUUGGAGCAUUGUUAUCACCUCAGAAAUCACUGUAUGGGGUUGGCAGUAAAUCUGGUGGUUCCAACCAUCAUGGGUACUAUGGUAACCAUGGUUUUGGCAUCGGAAUGUCUUAUCCUGGAAGUCCCUUGGCAAAUGCGGUCAUUCCGAAUUCCCCAGUUGGACCUGGCAGUCCAAUGAGGCAGCAUGACUCCAUACGUCUGCCUUCCGGGAUGAGAAACUUAGCUGGGGGACUCAUGGGACCCUGGCACUUGGAUGGAGGCAUGAAUGAAAACUUCGGAUCAUCUCUACUGGAAGAAUUUAAGGGCAAUAAGACCAAGUGUUUCGAGCUGUCAGAGAUAGCUGGUCAUGUGGUUGAGUUCAGUGCGGACCAAUACGGGAGUCGGUUUAUACAACAAAAACUUGAAACGGCGACCACUGAUGAGAAAAACAUGGUUUAUGAGGAAAUUAUGCCCCAUGCUCUUGCUUUAAUGACGGAUGUGUUUGGUAAUUAUGUUAUUCAGAAGUUUUUUGAGCAUGGACUUGUGUCCCAGCGUAGAGAACUGGCCAACAAGCUUUUUGGACACGUGUUAAAUCUCAGCCUUCAAAUGUAUGGCUGUCGCGUAAUUCAGAAGGCUAUAGAGGUUGUUGAUCUUGAUCAGAAGAUUAAAAUGGUUGAAGAGCUUGAAGGUCAUGUCAUGCGCUGUGUUCGUGAUCAGAAUGGAAAUCAUGUUGUCCAGAAGUGUAUUGAAUGCGUCCCAGAAGAUUCUAUACAUUUUAUUGUCUCGACAUUCUUUGAUCAAGUAGUGACCCUUUCAACACAUCCUUAUGGUUGCCGUGUAAUACAGAGAGUAUUAGAGCACUGCGAGGACCCUAAGACGCAGAGCAAAGUUAUGGAUGAAAUUUUAGGAUCUGUAAGCAUGCUGGCGCAGGAUCAGUACGGCAAUUAUGUGGUUCAGCAUGUCUUGGAGCAUGGAAAACCUCAUGAGCGUUCUGCUAUUAUUAAGGAAUUAACAGGGAAAAUAGUUGAGAUGAGUCAGCAAAAGUUCGCUUCUAAUGUUGUGGAGAAGUGUUUGACAUUUGGUGAUCCUUUGGAACGCCAGUUGAUGGUGGAUGAGAUGCUUGGCACUACUGAUGAGAAUGAACCUCUUCAGGCAAUGAUGAAAGAUCAGUUUGCCAAUUAUGUCGUACAAAAAGUGCUGGAGACAUGCGACGACCAACAACGUGAGUUAAUUCUUUCGCGAGUCAAAGUUCAUCUGACUGCACUGAAGAAAUACACAUACGGAAAGCAUAUCGUGGCGCGAAUAGAAAAGCUUGUCGCUGCUGGGGAAAGGAGAAUGGCUCAAUCUCCACACCCUGCGCAGGCUGCGCGAUGCGAAGCCAGUUUGUAUAGCUAACCGACGCUAGUGUGAGAGCUUCCUCUUCAUUUCUUUGUUUCUAGAGCUCGUGGCGGUGCCUAUCUUUUCAGGGAAGGAAGUGUGAGCCAACUGAAAAAACAAAUAAAGCUGAUGCCUGUACUGCUAAAGAAACUGUAAAUUAUGUAGCUUUUACUUCAAGUUUUAUACGCGCGAAAUCUAGCAAGCCGAGGUUGCUGAUGUGGAGAGCACAGCUGAUGAAGUUCCUGGUAAGGUAAAUGACUGUACAAGUUUUCCUGGAAGAGUGUAAAAAAAAAAAAAAUUUGGAUCAAUGUGGUGGUGGUGGGAGGUGGAAUGUACAAAGAAUGUCACUCAUCUGUGAGAGCUGUUAAUGUUGUUAGAUGAGGCCAGAAUUUUCCCUAAAUGAAAUGUUUUGACUUUCUUUA